AUGGUCGCGACAGGUUGGGUGAGAUUGCUAUGUCUGUGUCUGUGGUGGAGCUGGCAGUUGGUUCCAGUCAGUUGCUUUAAUCUGCCGGGAACUGCUCCACGAGACUAUGUCAAGGGAGAGAGAGUUCCUUUAAAUACAAACGCAGUGUCGGUAACUCGAUGGAGUCAUAGUCGUGGUAAACCCAGUCUGGCGUUUCCUCAUGAUUACUAUUCCAAACCGUUUAAAUUUUGUCAGCCUGAGGGUGGAUAUACUCAGGUGCCAGGCAACCUGGGAUCAUUGUUGUUUGGUGAUCGAAUCUAUGAUACUCCAUUUGAUAUUCGAAUGCUAGAAAAAGUAGAAUGUGCUCACCUGUGUAGUUCACAUUGGGACGAUAUGGAAGCGGCUUUUCUUACGAGAAGUAUUUAUACUGGUUUAGGAUACCAUUGGAAUAUUGACAACCUGCCACUUGUAUUUGAACAGGACGACGAUGCUCAAGCACACUUUCUCAAUAACAAUCUGGCUGGUGGUGUACCAUUGGGUUUAUUCUACUCGGUUCAUGCUCAACCUUUGGUCAAUGUGUAUAAUCAUUUUCGAUUCACAUUUCAAUACCACGAACAUUCACCGGGUCAGUACAGGAUAGUAGGUGCUAAUGUGGCUCCUUACUCUAAGAACUAUACAACAGAAGAGGAGUUGAGAACUUGUAAAGUGGGAACUCCAAAAAUUGCGUUACCGCCUCAUUCACCUGGUGCGGUCGAUAUCCAAUUUACCUACACAGUUCGAUGGGAGCCAUCCAACGUGAAAUGGGCGUCGAGAUGGGACAAGUAUGUGGAUAUCCAGAACUCCAGUGUCAAAUGGUUGGGUCUUUGUAAUGCGUUGUUCUGGACUGCCGCCAUAUGUUUUGCUUUGGGCCACUUUGCUUCUAAACGGAUUCGCAAGGAUAUUUAUAACAUUCGUCAAAGCAGCGAAAUCAGCGGCGGUAGUGGUGACGAUUCCAGUUGGAAGUUCCUGAAAGACAGCGCUUUGAGAGCGCCUAAAAAUGUACUUGUGCUGAGUAUUCUGGUAGGAAACGGGUUCCAUCUCUGUUUUCUGUUUGUUUUGACCCUUGUAUUUGCCGGUUUUGGGCUCAUGUCGCCCGAGAAGCGAGGCUCAUUGGCUACUAAUGCCAUCUACAUCUACGCAUUUACUUCGAUUAUUGCCGGAUCAGUCUCGGCCUACUGUUUCAAGUUCUUUACUGGUGAAGACUAUGACGACUCGUAUGUUAGGUCAUCGAGCGAGAAAAACAACACUCUCAUUAAGAGCAACCUGACCUUGUGGACCCUGCUGUUUAUUCUGACUCCGACAUUGAUCCCCGGCAUGAUCUUUGGAGGGUUUAUUAUUAUGAACUUUUUUGUGAUAUUCCAGGGUUCGUCUGGAGCAGUGCCAUUUCCCGUGAUUGUGAACCUAGUGGGACUGUGGUUUUUCGUGUCGAUCCCAUGUUCUGUGGUUGGCAGUUUUCUUGUAAAGAGGAAAGGCGGCAACCUGUUCGGUGGAUAUCAACCAUACGACUAUGCCAGGAGUUCGGAAAAGCCCCUCAAACCAAUUCCAAACCUGCCGAUAUACUUGAGACCCAUAGUACGAACCCUUCUGGCUGGUGUAUUACCGUUCAUAACAGUAUCAAUCGAGCUGAGAUAUAUAAUGAACUCGCUGUGGCUGCACAGAAUCUACUACAUGCUGGGAUUCCUAUUUGUCAGCUACGUUCUCAUGAUCGUAUCCUGUGUCAUGCUAACCAUUGGCUUCGUAUAUCUGAUGUUACAAGCAGGCGACCAUCGCUGGCAAUGGUCGAGCUUUCUCAUGGCAGGCUCCAUCAGUAUUUAUGUGUUUCUGAGCUCGGCAGUCCUGCUGUUUUACCGCUACUCCUACGGUGGUGUAGUAGCCACCCUGCUCUACCUGACCUACACCCUGAUCCUCUGUGGAGCGCUGUUCCUGACAACCGCCAGCAUCGGCUUCGUGUGCACCUGGGUGUUCAUCCACACUAUAUAUUCGGCUGUCCGCAUAGAUUAA